AUGCACAACACUCUCACUCGCAUACAAAAUGUGUUCGGCUUCUUCACUUCUGUAGCAUUUGCUGUCGCAGCAGCCAUUGCUCUCAGCGUCGUGCUAAGCUCUCAGACACCUUCCGCCUCGCUCGAGCUGCGCAAUGUGCAGGUUGUCAAAGGCCGCCCGCACUACUACAGCACCAAACGCGAGGAAUAUGCUCACGUGAAGUUCGACCUCGACGCUGACCUCAGCACUCUCUUCAACUGGAACACGAAACAAAUCUUCGCCUACAUCACCGCUUCCUACCCUUCCACCACUCCCUCCACAAUCCCAGCCUCGGAAGCCAUCAUCUGGGACGCCAUCAUCCCCGCCGACAACGCACCUUGGCAUCAGAAUACCUACAUCCACCCCUCUUCGAAAGCCGACGUGAAAGCAAAGAAACCUGCCAAACGUGGCUCCAAGUCGAAGAAGGACACGACCAAGCCAUAUCCAGCCGGUGCACAACCUGGCAUCUUGAAGCUGAGCAGUCAGAAACCCAAGUAUCAAAUCACGGAUAUCAGUGGCAGAAUUGCCGAACGUAGCAAUGCUACCUUAACUUUGCAUUGGAAUGUGCAGCCCUAUGUUGGGGCUUUGGUGUGGGAUAGUAAGAGGUCGAUCGGGAGAUGGCAGGGUUUGAAGGGUGGGGAGAGCAAGUUUGAGUUCCCACCGCUGAAGGGCACGGAGGGGGUGAAGAAGGAGGAUUUGAAGGUGGAGGCGGGUGGGGAGAGGAAUCGGGGGAAGCCUGCGUAG